AUGGAUUUAUCUGUAGCAGGGCCGAUACCUCUUUGCAAUAAUGAAGCUGCUAUUCAUACGUUUAUUUCUCGUCUCAAUCAUGAGUUUGCCAUCAAAGAUCUGGGUGACCUUAAUUAUUUUUUGGGUCUUGAGGAUAUUCUCCAACGUGCUGAUCUUUUAGAUGCCAAACCGGUUAGCACAACCUUGGCCUCUCAUGAGUCGUUCACCACUAACGGGACACCAUGCUCCGAUCCUACUUCCUAUCUAUCCUUGGUUGGUGCCCUACAGUACUUGACGAUCACUCGUCCUGACUUGUCUUAUGUUGUCAAUCAAGUGUCUCAGUUCCUUCAUGCUCCUACACUUAAUCACUUUCAGGCUGUUAAACGCAUCUUGUGUUAUGUAAAAGGUACUCUUUCCUUUGGUCUUACCUACAGUUGGCCUCAUACUACUUCUAUUCUUGGUUAUUCUGAUGUUGAUUGGGCUCGCUGCUUGGAAACCAGACGGUCUACUUAUGGUUACUCUAUUUUUCUUGGUGGUAAUUUGGCGUCUUAG